AUGCAAAUGCUAAAUCCAUUUUCAAAGAUGCAUUUUGAUCUUCCUCCACUGUCAACUUUUCCCAAUAUAAUUGAGUAUAGUCGUGAAUACGAUGAAUAUAUUAUGUGGGAUUUUAAGGACAAAAUCUCUCGCCUAGAACGCGAUCGUAUGCACAGGGUCCAAAUUUGGAAGGUUGUCAUAAAUUCAGCUCCUAACAAUGAUAACAAAGAUUUUAUGGCGGUGGCUAUAUAUGGACAGCUCAAUAGAUUAGCCUUUUACAAACCUAACAAUAAGAGAUGGUCAUGGUCAGGCUUGACAACAGACACAAGUUUCGAAGAUGCCAUAUUUUUUAAAGAGAAAAUAUAUGCAGUAGACUAUGAUGGCCAGCUACACAAAUUUGACACCAACACAGAAUCAGGGACUGUUGUGGGAGGAAUCCAUGCCCCACCUCCAAUUGGGUAUACCACAAGCCCUUAUAAGCUGAAAUAUGUAAUUGGAUGUGCCAAUGGAAACAUAUUGAUGUUGGUAAGACAUUAUGCUUCUUUGAGGGGAACAGAGAAGGAACAUAAGGAACUUGAGACCAUGAAAUUUGAGAUCUAUGAAUUGAGAAAAGGUUCCAAAAAAUGGUCAAGAUUACAUAGUUUAGGAAAUUAUGUAGUCUUCAUCGGAUUCAAUUCCAGUGUUCAGAUGUUACCUACCAAUUUUCUAGGCAAAGGAAAUCAAAUUUACUACACGGAUAACUUAAUAGAGCUUAAAUCAUCAGACUUUGCUUCUACACGUGAUAUGGGCAUCUUCGACUUGAAGGAUACAAGUUUCCGAAGAAUAUUACGGGAUGUCAAAUUUUUCUGUCCUCCUGUUUGGUGUUUUUACUGUCUCUCUUCUCUGAUGUAG